AUGUUAAGUUAAGCAUUCAAGCUCAACUGCUUCUCAGCUCCUUCAAGCAACAACGUCUCUCGGUUUCCCGCUUCAUGGUUGAAGAUCAGAAGCUCUCCAUGAAUCAUCCAAACCCUUAUUUCAAUCCUUACUCCUUCACCUUUCUUCCCCAAAACCCUAACCCUAACCCUAUUUCUAACCCAAACCCAGAUUUCGCCUACGUUCUUCCUCAACCCCCUCAAGCUAUUCUCCCCGAAACCUCAAUCUCUGUCUUUUCUUCGAAUUCCGAUCUUCAAACCACCAUUUCAAUCCUCAAAAACUUCAUCGAUCUUGCCCAGACCAACCUCAAAUCAGUUUCUGAUCUUCUUUAUUCUGGCAAGCCCACUGUUUCCGACCAUGAUUUUUCUACUUGCCCUUUUGAUUCUCGCCAUCGGAUGCCCCCGGAGUUCCUGUUUCGUCAUUAUCUACAGUGUCCUUCUUCGCCUGGUGUAAUCGACCUCGGCCUUCUGGAGCCUCUGCGUUACCCCAAUUCUCUGAAAUCUGAGGAAGAAUUGUGGAGAGAGAACAGAUUUGUGAGGCCUCUGCAGGAUGCUGAUUCUGAUCUCUUCUUUUCUCUUGAUGAAUACGAAGACGUUGGAUCGAAUUUCUAUUACAGGGACUGCCCUGGAGUUGUUUCUUCAUCAGAGCAAGAUGCGUCCAAGAAGACGUUUAUACUCCCCUGUGUUUUAUCUAUUGAAUGCGCGAACUUUAUCAGUAAGGGGGAUAAGAAAAUUGGGGACAUGGGUAGAGGAGAUUUGAGGAUUCUUCCCUCUGAGUUAUGGGCUUUGAGAAGUGAAGUAGACCUGUGGAGUGACAUCCCUUCUUCGUAUUCGUACACUGUUUGUCGAGUGGCUAUGUGUUUACAGAUGAUUAGAGAAGCUGAUAUACUGAAGUGGGUGAUUUCAAACUCUCCUUUUUACGGGGUUGUGAUUGAUGUUUCUAUAAGGGAUCACAUUUUUCUUCUACUGAAACUCUGUCUGAAAGCUAUCUCACGGGAUGCCUUUCACUCCAGUGAAUUGGUUUCAAGCACUGAUUCAAGUCAGGGGAAUUGGGAUCUUAAUCCGAAGUCCUUCAGUUUCAAGUGCUCAGUUCUGGUUGAAGUAAUGAUGUGGUUAUCAUCCCAACUUUCUGUUUUGUAUGGGGAAGCCAAUGGAAAAUUAUUUUCAGUUAACAUGCUAAAGCAUUGUCUGUUGAAUGCUGCAUCACGUUCAUUAUUGUUUCCUUUGACCCCAAAACAAACCGUAGCCAUUGGUUCAGGAGAAGGUAGUCGGACUUUGGAUGCUAGUGUGAGUGAUAUGGGCGGUCAGAUAUUUGAUCCAGAAGUCACUGUGGAUGUUAAAGACAAAGAGUCAUCUAGAGAUGACAAUGCUACCACUGGCCUAGUUUUUAUAUCACAAGUUGCAGCAGCAAUUGCUGCAUUGCAUGAGCGAUCCUUGCUUGAGGAAAAAAUCAAGGGGCUACGAUUUGCAGGGUCACUUCCUAAAUAUCAGCUGAUAGCUGAGCAUUCAUAUUUGUCAAUGAGAGCUAAUGAGGAGAGGCGGAAACGCCCAAACUAUUGUCCUAUUCUUGAGCAUGAUGGACUCUAUUGGAAGCAUUCAGAAAACCAGGAUUUGGGUAAGAAUAAGACAAUGGAGGAGCGGUUGGCUGAGGAAAGGGACUACAAACGUCGAAGUGUGUCAUAUCGUGGCAAGAAGGCGAAGCGAUCAAAAACACAGGUGAUGCGGGACAUAAUCGAGGAGCACAUGGAAACAAUCAAGCAGGCUGGAGGAAUUGGGUGCUUAGUUUCCGCUUGUAACAUGGCUGCAGAUGUCAAUGAGUUAAAAAAAAGUGCAUUUGGUUCAACUGAACCAAGCAGAGGGCAAUCACAUAGUUACAAGAAACAAAUAAUUUCUGACAAUGAAAUCACAUAUAAAUGCUCUGGGGAUGCUCCUCCAAAUGAUCAGUUAAACCUGAACAAUGGUUCAAAGAGUUCACACCAGAGACAGAGAUGUGAAUCUCUUGGGCACCAUGAAGCUCCGGAGGAUCACAGAAGACCCAUUGGUAGGGAGUCUAGAGACAGCAGACAUGAUAAAGAGUAUAGUUCUAGAAGUCCAGAAAGUUACAGAAGUCACAGCCGAUCACACGAGCACCGAUCACAUCAGCGACACAGGCAUCAAAGGGAACGAGAUGAUGAGAAUGUGGCUAGGUCUAAAUAUGAUGAAAGUGGUCGUUCUUCUUCUCAUAGGUCCAGACAUCAUGACAAUACUCCUUUUGAUUCACAUGAUAGGAAGAACAGUAAAUUAUCAGAUAUUAAUGACAGAAGCAGGGGAAGAAGACACAAAAGCAAUUUAUCAGAAUCCAUGGUACGAGAUACAAUUGAGGACAGAUAUGAUCCUUCUGGAUUUUACGACAGGCAUGACCCUUCUGGGUCAUAUGACAGGCAUGACCCUUCUGGAUCAUAUGACAGGUAUGAUCCUAUAUGACCCUUGAGGAUCAUACAACAGAUACGAGAAUGUCUACAAUGGUUAUGAGUUUUUGGUAGUAAGUUCGUAAGGCUGGAUAAUUUUGACAGUAAAAAUGAUGUUAAGUGUCGUAAGCAACUGCAAAGAAUUCACUUCUCUUCACAGAGUGUCUGUAACGCCAUCAUACGAAGUGUUAGUCUGCCCUGUGGUUGUG